AUGGCCGCCCUCCGGCUGGUGUGCCUGUACGGGCUGCUGCUGCUCGGUGGCGUCUCCUGCAGCACCGUCGCCGGCAGGUUCCUGUCCCAACUGCCGCAGACCAUCUUCCAUCCCUUCAUCAACUUCUAUGAAAUUCAUCUCGACCCGGAGGACUAUCAAACCCUGACAAACGUCCCAAGGCUAGUGGCCACCGCCAUCAUGGGCAUCGCCUACGGCCUGGCUAUGCUCGGCCACCUCCCCGUCAAGUUCGGGGCCAACUCGGACGGGAAUAAGGCGGCGUACGCUAAGGACCGGCCUCCGGGAGCCUAUGGAGCCUACAGCUACAGGCGCCGACGCUCGGCUAUGCAGCAUAUCAGAUCGAGGACCGAGAUGGACUUGUGCGUGAUGCGUCUCGUGUGCGAGCUGAGCGUCGAGUACCGCGACGACCCCAGCCGCUUUCACGCCAUUGAAGAGGCAGUGCUGCGCAGGAUAUUCCGGGGAGGUGAGCAGUCGGCCGACAGGACCAGCCCUGAGCUCGAGGGGGGUACCGGUGCUGCCAGCCCGGUCUGCCAGCAGUGGGCCUCGCCGUGCUCCGUCAGCUGGAUACUAAACAGUCUCACCGAUCGCCCACCAGUUGAUAGUGAGGGCGGCGCUCAGACGUGA